AUGGAAGCCCCUGAAUACCUUGAUUUGGAUGAAAUAGAUUUUAGCGAUGAUAUAUCGUAUUCUGUAACUUCUCUCAAGACCAUCCCAGAAUUAUGUAGAAGAUGUGAUGCACAAAAUGAAGACAGAUCGGUUUCCAGUAGCAGCUGGAACUGUGGGGUCUCAACUCUUCUUGGAAAUGCACAGAAACCAGCAGGAAUUGCAGAUGUGUGCAAUAAAUUCAGACCAGUGAAGAGGGUUUCUCCAUUAAAGCACCAGCCAGAAAGCUCUGAGAACAAUGAAAGUGAUGACCAGAAGAACCAGAAGGAGGAAUACCAGAAAGGCAGUGAUUCACAGUCUGCACUUCCAAAUGAUGACCAGAGUGCAGGAGAAGGAGAGAACCUUAAAAGCAAAAGCACUGAGCCUGCUGUUCUGCUUGGGGAGCUGGAGCACUAUGACCUGGAUAUGGAUGAAAUUUUGGACGUGCCUUAUAUUAAAUCAAGUCAGCAACCUGUUCCUUUUACAAAGGUAGUUCCUGAGAAAAAACUUCUAAGUGUGUGUUCAACAGUGAAUGGUCUAAAUGUCAAGAGCUGUCCUGCAGGGAGCACAGAUAGCUCGCCUACUGGCGGGACACAGUUCUGUGUGCUGUCUCCUGUGAAAGGCGCUCAGCUGAGAAAAAUGCAGCCCAUUGUUCUUGAUCAGCACAAGCAUUCAGCAGAAGAAUUCGAGCUUUCCCAGCCUUUAGCUAAGUGUAGCUCAGUCCAUGAAUCUGAAGCCCAAGGCAAGGGCUUCCUCAGCAGGACGCUUGCUGAUCCUCACACUCACAAAGCUGAGAAGAAUAUGCCGAACUGCCACCGGAGGACUUUCCACCUGCAGACAGCAGUGGCGGAGAGCAAGCAGCUAGAGGAGCUGGGUAUGAGCUGGAGCAGUGCAGGGAGCCCGGAAGAGAGGAGCGAAGAGGUGAAAAAAAUUAAGAGCAUCUUAAACAUUGUAAAGGAAGGCCAAAUAUCUUUACUGCCACAUUUAGCAGCAGAUAAUCUGGAUAAGAUCCAUGAUGAAUGUGACAACAAUCUGUUGCAUGUAGCAGCAUCAAAGGGACAUGCAGAAUGCCUGCAGCAUCUCACUUCUUUGAUGGGUGAAGACUGUUUGAAUGAACGAAACAUUGAGCAGCUAACUCCUGCUGGAUUAGCAAUAAAGAAUGGUCAGCUGGAGUGUGUUCGGUGGAUGGUGAGUGAAACAGAAGCUAUUGCAGAGCUCAGUUGCUCAAAAGACCACCCAAGCCUUAUUCAUUAUGCAGGUUGCUAUGGCCAGGAGAAAAUCCUUCUGUGGCUUCUUCAGUUUAUGCAAGAACAAGGGAUUUCACUGGAUGAAGUUGACCAGGAUGGAAAUACUGCUGUUCACAUAGCUGCUCAACAUGGCUAUCUAGGAUGCAUACAGACAUUGGUGGAAUAUGGAGCAAAUGUCACCAUGCAAAACCACGUGGGAGAGAAACCCUCACAAAGUGCUGAGCGACAGGGGCACACCAUGUGUUCCCGCUACUUAGUAGUUGUGGAGACAUGUAUGUCACUGGCCUCUCAGGUUGUCAAGCUGACUAAGCAGCUGAAGGAGCAGACUGUGGAACGUGUGACAUUACAGAACCAGCUCCAGCAGCUUCUAGAAGCCCAGCGGUCAGAGGGCAAGUCACUGCCCACAUCCCCAAGCUUGCCAUCAUCUCCUACUUCUGGCAAGCCCCAGUGUAAACCAUCUGAAGCAGAUGAAUUGUCUCCACCAAAAAGUAAAUUGAACACCCAAGAUGGGAUUCAGAUUCUUGGCAGCUUGGGAACAAGCACAUCUAGUGGUGCUCGAGCUAAGAUAAAAGAUGAGGACUCAGAUAAAAUCUUGCGCCAGUUGUUGGGGAAGGAAAUCUCUGAAAAUGUCUGUAUGCAGGAAAAGCUGACUUUGGAAUUUCAGGAUGCUCACACAUCUUCCAGGAACGUGAAGAAGAUUUUGCCAGAGAAAAGGGAGUUGAAGUUAGCCCGACUGAGGCAACUGAUGCAGCGGUCUCUCAGCGAGUCUGAUACAGAUUCAGCUAAUUCUGAGGACCACAAGAACACCCCUGUGAAAAGAACUGACAAACCAAGACCUCAGCCUAUAGUGGAGAGUGUUGAGAGCGCAGAGAGUUUGAACAUGAUGCUUAAGAAGCACACUUCCACAGCAGGACGGCGCUUCCCUUUUGGUAUCAGGGUCUCCAAGUCUGUGGACGGCCAUAGUCCUUCCCCUACUUCGGAGAGCAGUGAUCCGGAUAAUGAAGCCCCAUAUCAGUCUAGUACAGUACCUCAGGGCCAGUUUUGUGGAGACAACUCUCCAUCCAGCACAGACAGUGCUGCUGCCCAGAAGAUUGCCACCAGCCCUAAGAGCGCUCUCAAAUCUCCAUCUUCAAAGCGCAGAACCUCUCAAAAUUUGAAACUUCGAGUAACUUUUGAGGAGCCUGUGGUGCAGGUGGAACUAGCAGAGUCAGAACUAAAUGAGGAAAAGGAUAAAGACCGGAGCAAAGGACUCAUGAGGGCUCCAGCCAGCUCUGGGGAGCAUGCAGGGGAUCAGCUGAAAAGGCCUUUUGGAGCUUUUCGGUCCAUAAUGGAGACACUGAGUGGCAACCAAAAUAACAACAACAACUGUCAAACAGCAAACCUCAUCAAAACCUCCUCGACACUACCUUUUACCUCACUAGGAAGGAAGACAACAGAGAGCAAGGGAAAUCCAGCAGUUGUCUCAAAAGGAAGAAACAAGCCAGAUCCUUACUUCAGCUACACCAGUCUUUCUUCUAGCACGUUGAAUGAAGAGCUGUGUAACUAUGCUUGGCAUGAUGACAUCAACUGGAAAAUCCAGAAAUCUGAUAGUCAAAAGAGUACUGAAGAGCCAGAACAGCAGGAAUUCUUCCUCUAA